AUGUCCUCCGACGAUUCGUAUAUCCUGGAUGUGCUCGCGGACUACUCCAAAGAUGUUCGAAGCCUCACAGGGUCGAUAUGGGAUGCAUCAGACCGACACUUUGCAAGCGUGGCCGGCUACGUCAAGCGACACGUCCCCGAGAAAUGGCUACCUGAAUAUGCGCGGCCUCUUCCGCCACCUCCUCCUGCGACCGCCUCCGCCACUGUUACCUAUAUCGAGCGCCUGCAAGAUUGGGUAUCGAGAAAUCGCGCGCUCACAGCGGCGAUCGUUGCAUUCUUUGGAACAGGGAGCUAUAUGCUAUGGAGGCAGAACAGAUCACACAGCCGCAAGAGGAGGGCGAGGCGCGCAAGCAACGGAGCCAGGCGGGAGGUCAUCGUGAUUGCUGGGCCACCAAACUCGCCCAUCACACGGUCACUGUCGCUGGACCUCGAACGCCGCGGCUUCAUAGUCUACAUUGUGUGCUCGAGCAUGGACGAGGAACAGCAGGUCUUGAGUGAGUCGCGAGCAGAUGUCAAGCCGCUCCACCUCGAUGUUGCAGAUACCAUGGGCACGCAGGAAGCUAUGGAUGGCUUCAACACCAUGCUCACAAGGCCGCAUGUCGCCUUUCAGGGCGCAAGUGCACACAACCUCAACCUGAGAGGCGUUGUGCUUGUACCAGACCUAAUCUUCCCUUCAGGGCCGAUAGAGACGAUUCAUCCAGAAUUGUGGUCGGACGCACUGAACGCCAAAGUUCUGAACACAAUAGCGGUGACGCAGGCCUUACUGCCGACCAUCUGUCAGUUCAAGUCAAGGGUACUCAUGCUUACACCGAGCAUCGUUGCGUCAUUGCGGCCGCCGUUCCACAGCGUCGAGACUACGAUCGUGUCUGCGCUCGAGGGCUUCCUUGCAACAUUGAGAGGGGAGCUCGGCACUUUGGGUAUCGAUGUCAUACAGUUUUAUCUCGGCACGUUUGAUUACUCCAACGUGGGCCCAAAGCACCACCUCCAAACAAAGGCAGCACCAAACCCGCGCGCCUGGCCCGCAACAACUCGGGAGCUGUAUGCUAACAAUUUUGUAAACCAUACACGGAUAGGGCAAACCAGAGGGCUCUUCAGCCAGAAAAGCCACGGCACUUCCUUACGCGAACUGCACAACGCUGUCUUCGACGCAGUGACCCAGAAGCGUCCACGCAAGGUCUGGCGCGUUGGUCGAGGUAGUGUGACUUAUGGGCUCAUCGCCGACUGGGUCCCCUCAGGUUUGGUAGGCUGGAUGAUGGGCCUGAGGCGUGUGUCGCUCGACACGGCAGCCAAGCCGAAGUUGGAGGACAGUGUACAGUCGUGGGAGCGCGUCGAGGCUGUUGCGUGA